CUGCUCCUCGACUUUCGAGGAAACAUCUCCAUAUAUAGCUCACAUAUCAUCUACCUCUCUCAACUCUCUAGUUUACCACAACUGGUGCUACUGCUGAGCAAGUGAAUAAGCUACCAUAUCCACCAAGUAUAACGGAAAAUAAGCAUCCAUCCGUCCCCCAAAACUCAUAUUUUUAGCAGAGAUAUCAUCUCUCUAUCUCUCUCUCUCUCUCUCAUAUAGCACAACUAGUACUAGUACUACCGGUGGUGGCCAAAGUACUGAAGAAGAAUUGCCACAAAGUGUAGCAGCAGAAAACAACCGUUCGUGAUCACCCGUUGUUUCAGUAUUUUGUUUCAGAUCGAGAUAGUUCGCCCGCAGUAGCAAUGGCCCCUAGACUUUCAUUCUCGGUCUUUGCCAUCGCAUUGCUUCUUGUAGGAGCUUCGGUUUUUGCUAAGCAAGAGCAGAUAAAUUCAAUUUCGUUCAGUUAUGUCGGCACGACUGGCCCAGGACACUGGGGAAACUUGAACCCAAAUUACACGACCUGCUCACACGGGAAAUGGCAAUCUCCGGUAAACAUUGUGAGGGACAAGGUUGUCCGUAAUAAAAAAUUGAAGCCCUUGACCAGAGAUUACGCUGCUGCCAAUGCCACACUGGUCGACAAUGGCUUUAACAUUGCGAUAAGAUUUGAGGGACACGUGGGAGUGUUGGUUGCAGACGGGAAGAACUUCACCUUCAAACAAAUGCACUGGCAUUCUCCUUCUGAGCAUCAGAUUGAUGGAAAAAGAUUUCCAGUGGAGAUGCACUUGGUCCACCAGGCAGAUGACGGCAGCUUCGCAGUUGUGUCAGCACUCUACCGUUAUGGUGAUCCCGAUCCUUUUAUUUCUAAGAUAAAGAGCAAGAUGGAUGAACUAGCCAAGGAAGAGCGUGAGGGGCAUGAAGAGGCACAAAUCCCGCUUGGAGUCAUGAAGACCAAGUACUUGAGUCGAAACACGCGCAAGUAUUACAGAUACUUUGGUUCCCUCACCACUCCACCGUGCACCGAGAAGAUCAUGUGGAACAUUGUCGGCAAGGUGAAAUCAGUCUCCAAGGAUCAAGUAAAGGCUCUCAAAGCACCAUUGGUUUCAAGUUGCAAGAACAACUCCAGGCCUGUACAGCCACUGAAUGGGCGUCAUAUUGAGGUAUAUCAUGAUGAUGAGCUUCGCGGCAACUGAUUAGUUUUAACUUUCUCUUCACCGCUGAAUUAUAAGAGUUGCUUUUAUGUAUGUUUUUGGCUCAUGUGUGAACAUUUUAUGACCUAAAACUUAAUUAUGCUCAGCUUGUUUCAAUGCAUUUCUUAACCAAUUCAUCCGA